AUGUUCUCCCGCAUCGCCACCCGCGCCCCUCGCGCCUUCGUCCGCUACAACUCCUCCUCUUCCACGAGCCGCGCGGCGCGUAUUGUUGAGAUGGCUGGGCAGGUUGAGAAGCCAAGUGCCCUCGAAGCCUCCGUCCCAGUGAUGUGGGCCGUCUGCGGCGCGCUGACGUACACGGCGUGGAACAGGAUGGAGGGACGCAAGGGGGAUGAGGUGGAGAAGUUGAUCAUCGUUUAA